AGACGCAACAAGAUGAAUUUACCUUCCAAAUUUCAUCAAGUUACUAUUACGGACCCGAUAGCCGGCGCGGGCAUUACUUUCACUAUUCCAACCCGUUAUGUCAACCUUAAAUUUUUGAAUGUCGGCGCUCAGGGGAUUGUCGUAAUGGCCGAUGACCUAGUGACAACACAACGCGUAGCAAUCAAGAAGAUGCAACAACCAUUUCUGUUGACAAUGAGUGCAAGGCGAGCAUAUCGAGAAUUUAUACUGCUAACGACUCUGAAACACCCAAAUAUAAUCCGUCUGCUAAACGCUUUCACACCGGAUACUUCACUUUCAUCGUUUCAAGAGGUAUAUCUGGUUAUGGAAUUUAUGACACACAAUCUACACGAGGUGAUACAUCGAUUAAGAUUGGAUCAUGAAACAUUAUCAUUCUUGGUCUACCAGAGUUUGUGCGCAAUCAAGCACCUUCACAAUUUGGGAUUCAUUCAUCGUGACUUAAAACCAUCGAAUAUUGUCGUGAACGAACGUUGUGUGUUAAAAGUCUUAGACUUCGGAUUGGCAAGAAGACGCAACGUGGACAUGAGAAUGUCAGAUUAUGUGGGGACAAGAUACUACAGAGCCCCCGAGGUUAUUUUGGGUCUGAACUAUUCGGAAAAAGUAGACAUUUGGUCAGUCGGAUGUAUACUUGCUGAAAUGAUCAACCAUACCGUUCUUUUCCCGGGCAAAGAUAUACGUGAUCAAUGGACACAAAUUUCUAGUGUAUUAAGAACACCAGACGAUCAUUUCAUUAAUCAAUUAGAACCAAUAGGCGCUGUGUAUGUUCGAUCGUUGCCACAACAUCUAGCACGUGCUUUCAAUGAAAUAGUUCCGGAUUCCAAUUUUCUGCCGGAGACUGAGAACCCGAAGGAUCAUUUGACACUACACAUGGCUCGUGAUCUCCUGUUCAAUAUGUUGAAAAUCAAUCCUGAAGAACGGUAUUCAGUUGAAGAUGCACUUAAUCAUCCAUAUACUAUGGUUCAAGGACGAUGAAGUAAACGCCCCCGCAUCAGAAAUUCCGGACGAUGAGGUUAAUGACAUUGACGAUUGGACUCUUAUUGAAUGGAAACGGCUCAUUUUCAACGAAGUGCAAGGCUAUCAAACCGAUCACGACAUUUUCAAUGAAUAAGAAAUCUUUGCUUUCUCAAAAAAAUUAUGUUUCUUCUGUUUAGCUGCAAAAAUCUGUUUCUAAUAAACUUAAAAAAAAACAA